UCAUGUAAAACCCUUUUAACUUCGCCUAAACUUUAUCAAACCAAUUAAAUAGUAAUUAAAAUUUUAAUGGUUAGGUUUCAUGAACAUACAUCAAUAAGUGAUAUCAGAGCUCUCUAAUGAAUUAGAAAUCAAUAAUCUUCCUUAAAUGACUCAAUCAAUUACUUUGUAAGAGAAUUCAGCUAUGAUAGAAGAAAAAUAGGUACAAUUUUUUUAUAUACUAGUAACAAAACCACCCAACAGUUAAAAAGGGUACCUAGAACGAGGAGAACGCUUAGUAGAUUUUAACUCCAAGAAGGAUAAGUCAUGAUUUCAAUAGAGAAUCUCCCUUCGUCAAAAUCAGCGUCUACAAGUAGCACCAAAUGUCGAAUUAAAAAGUUUACAUUCUCCAAGAUGAUAAGUAUUUUAAUUUGAUUAUACAAGAAUAAUUGGUAGUAACAAGGUCUAGAAGAAUGAAAUCUCUAUAAUUCGUCGUAAAAAACAAUAACAUUAAGGAGAUAACAACAUAGAUUUAGGUAAUUAUUUAUGUUAUAACUAAUAGGUCUUUCUUCAUAGGAAGCACAUAUUGAGUAAGUCCCUUGCAAAAUUUCAACAGAGUUCGGUUUUCGUCAUUCAAGUAGAAUCACUCCACAAAUAUUUUGUUUUUUAUCAUUAAAAUAUUUCCAUACAAGAUUUUCAGAAUUGCCUUCAAAUAUCUUCAAACUUAUUCACUAAUUUAUCAAGUAGUUCUUAUUAUAAUUUUAAGAGAAAAGCCAAAUUUUUACAUUUAGGAUUGUGGAACAGCUUUAAAAACUCUAGUCAGGAUUUAAAAAGAAAGUCCAAGAAUAAUGGAAGAAAAUAAUAGUUAUUUAAUUGGAGCUGAUUUCUAUUUUCAUGUAGUUCAAUUGAAUUCGAUACCAAAAUAAUUGGAUCAUAAGAAAAAGAAUCAGGAAUCUCCAAAUGAGUAUUUUUUUUAGACUCUUGUAAGAGAGAAUGAAAAAUAUCGAGCUCGAAUUCAUGGUUUAACCAAAGAAGAAUAGGAAGUCUUUUAAGGUAUUUUAAUAUAUUGAUUUUAGUAUACUUAUAAGAGUUUAGAAAACUAAAGAAAAAAGGAAGAAAACAAUAUUAACUCUUAAAUUGUGAUAGACCAUUUCUUAAAAUUCAAUUUGAUACACCAGUAUCUAGACAAAUAGCUAUUUUUUUUGGAAAGGCUGGAUAAGAACAAACUUUUAAAAUAGGAAGAUCUUAAGAUUGUGACAUUAUUGUCAAUAUGAAUACUAUUUCUAGAAAACAAACUUAGAUUAAGUUCAAUAAGAAUUAUUGGGAAAUCUAAGAUGGAGAAGGAACACGAUAAUCAGCUAAUGGAACUUGGCAAUCCUUAUAACCAUAUGAGCAAUCCUUAUUGGAUACUAAACCUAAAUUAAGUGUACCAAUUCUGAUUGAAGAUAAAAUGGAAGUGAAAAUAUGUGAAAACAUUUUUAAAUUUGAAAUGAUUGGAUUUGGAGUUUCAAAAAAGUAAUAAUAUUUAAAUAUCUUUAGACGAAAAUUGACUAAUACGUUGUACUAAGAAUUGACUUAAAAUGAUUGA